CGUGCUUUUGCCAAAAUAUUUCAAAUACCCAACAACAUAGAGUGUAUUUCACAAGGCGUGAAAUCACCCAACAUUCGCGGUUUUCCCCAUAAUUUGUCAGCCGAGAAGAGUUGGAACUUUAGACGAAACAUUAGGUGUUUUCCAGAGUGAAAGAGUGUUUACUUGUGCAGAACCAUAUAUUUAAUAUCUCCUGCCGUAUGGUGAUGAUGUGUAGGGAAAUUGUAGAGAGAAAUUGAGGAAAAGGUGAAUAAGUUGGCGCCCGAGUGUUGUGUAAGUGAAUUUCAUCGUGUUUGCUUUCAUUGGGCGAAAGUUCAAGUGAGAUAAUACGAAGAUAAAUACUCCCCAUAGGUUAUAUAUGACAAAAUUGAUUAUUGCCGUUGUUACACACACAAUUGUGGCGUAUAUAAUUAACAAUUAUAUCGAGAAGUGAUUUCACUGACAGUCAAUAAUAGUGGAAAACUGUAAAGGAGAGAGAAAGAAAAAAAAACCACCAUCUAAUAACAAAUUUAUUGGGGUGGCAGAGAAAAUCAAGGGUGAAUAAAAGUAAUCAACAGCAGAGAGAAAAACUCCCCACAAAUUGGACAGCUGAUAGCGAAAAUAAAUUUGCACAUAACUCAAGACCCAAAGUACAUUAUCCACGAGAAUGGCGACACUGUACACCGAGCGGAGCUCCGUGAGAAUUUUCACAGAUAAGCUCAUGUGGAGCAGAAUGAAAAGUUGAAUAUGUGUGGCGAGAUAAGCGUCUCAUCUCAUGAGAUGAUUUCAAAAUCAAAUCACAAGAUAAUGCCAUGGAUGAGAUAUUCUAAUGUAUCUGCAGCAGCGUCAAAUCUGCGUUGUGCAAUAAAUUAAGGCCAAAAGAUCAAGGAUAUAACGGAGACAAGAAGCAAGAGUCAACAUUGUGCGCAAUUAUUAUUCAAUGAGAUACACAUCAUAAUUCAUCCUUCAUUCACAGCAGCUUUCUCCAUCAUUGUCAUCCACUGGUGAACAAGAUCCGGAUGCCAACAUAUUUAUAACAAACGUGCUGUUACACAGGAUUAAAUGUGUGUGUGUGUGAGUCAUAAAUAAAGCGGAGGACUGGGACAAUGGUGCAGUGUAGAUAUUCUUAAAAGAGUAAAGGUGUUCGACUGUAAAAAAUAAUUCAGCACAUCGCGAGAUACAGAAGUGAGAAGAGGAAUUGUGUGAAAAUGUCAAGUGUCUUUAAGCGCAUCAUCCAUUAAAUUCUCACCCAACCACCCCAAAUUGCUGUGGUGUAAAUAGCAACAGCAAUAGUGGGAUUGCUGACGGGUUGAAGGCCUUUUUGUUUUUUUUUUAAUAUGCGGUGGAUGCUGAGAAAAUGUCAUGGUAUGGUUAAUGUGUAAAUAAAAGCAAAAGAAAAGCAGCGCGAACGAAAAGUGGCAGAGAGGGCGAGAGGCACAGAGAUAUAUGAGCAAUGGCGAACAGUGCGGAAGGAAAAAUAAACGGAAGAAGAUGUCAUAAAUUUAUACAUUGGACUUGUGGGUGAAUAGCUUCAUGGCUGAAUUAAUAUUUUCAACAACAAUAGACAAGGAUAUAAAGAUCGAGGACCGCAUCUGUGAGAUAGCAUCAUUAAUUCAACAACAAUACAGCAACACACUAUACGCUUCCGCUCCCGGAUACGAUAUAUUGCAACUGUUGAUAAUAUGAAAAUUAUAAAUUAAUACCCAAUUUGGUGCGCCUCUUGCCAGUGACAUAAAAAUAAAUGUGAAUGGCAUCACGUAGGGAGUGAGAGAGGACGAAGCUGAGGCAUUUGUAACGGAAGCAUCCUGUGUGAGAAUCGUUGUUCGUGUGGUGAGAAAGAAAAACGCGACUAGAUAUCCGGAUACAAUCGUAUUAUGCCAAGGUGCUGGUGCAAUAAAAAGAAACCUACGGGCUAUGUUUGUGAUGCUGUCAGUCCGUACAUCUACCGUUUGUGAACGGCAGGCCGAGACGGGCUCUAACGCACUUGACACCACAAAAUACAACAUCAACAGCUGUAGCAACAAUAAGAACAGCAAUAGCGGCACCAUCGGCAGCACAAGUAGCAUCAAAAACAAUAACAUACAGGAAUAUCAAACGACAGCAAUCAAUAAUAUCCUCAAUAUCAAUAGUCAUCAGGCUGUAUUUGAAAAGCAUCUCACAAAAUCAUCGUCGGCCACACCACUCCACAAGGACGACAUUAUCCUGAAGCCCAGCCUUACGCUCCCCGAAAUCGGACCACCCGCCACCGCUCAUCAAGUGAGAUCGAAUCUUGUAUUGACGGAACUGAACAACUUCAAGCAGGCUCAGGCGACCCAGGGGCCUGUGGCCACCAUACUGAACGACCUCAGCCCCGUGCCAGCACCAGCCAGAAUCAAGAAUAAAACGGGCACCCAGUUGAGCCCUAUGACCCUCAAGGGGCUGCAGACCAACACGCCGGACGCAAAGGCCAUGCGGUACUACAGACUGUGGAUCUACACAUGCAACGCAGUGCUCCUGAUGGCGGUUAUUGUAUUCUGUGGCGUUGCCGGAAAAGUCCUCCUAGCUGACUACAAGCGUCUCUUGGUGCAUGGCUUGAAUCUAGGACAACCGAGUUUUGUGUACGCUUACUUCGCUCUGCUGGUGCAAUCAGGUUUUCUACAAUUAGUUGGAUGCCUCGGUGCCUUAAGACUCUCGGAGAAACUACUAAACGCUUACUGGUUGCUCCUUCUCGUGUUGCUAAUUGGAGAUGCCAUCCUCGGUAUAUUUUGGAUGUUCAAGUUCGAGAGAGUCAUGACUGAGUUGCAACCAAUGUUAAGUAAGCGUCUGGCCACAGAAUAUGGAAAUUCCUUGGAAUUCAGUGAUUUAUGGGAUCGUCUGCAGAAUGAUGGUCGCUGUUGCGGCGUUACUGGACCACAAGACUAUUCAAAUACCCCAAAUCGUUCAUAUCCUAUUUCCUGCUGCUCACCGGAUGUGUCAGAGCAGAUUACGGUAUCCCGGCGUCCUCUGGCGUCGCCCGUGGUCUUUCGCAGUGACGAGUUGACAACUUUAGGUAUUCUCUCACGAAAUAAUUACACAGACAUGCCGGAAUCAACAUGGAGUCACAUAGUCAGUGCAGCGCGCGAGGAGAGCAAAUCUGUGGCCACUUGUCGAGCAGUCUACCAGCAGGGCUGCAUCGACAAAGUAAUACAGUGGCUGAAGAGCACUGCGGACAUUCUAUUUGUGCUGGGCUAUUGUGUAAUAGCAUUCCUCAAAUUGUGCUUUCUGGGGAUACUCCGAUACGAGAUAAAAGAGAUGAUCCAAAAAAUCAAGCUGCUCCAAACAGAAAUGGCCGCGGCAAUCCUAUGUGCUGAUGCCGAGACGACACACCUACAGCCACCACAGCCACCCUUGCCAUCGCAACAAAUAUCAUCCACCUCAAUUAAUGGUGGCAUUCAUGCAGAACCAAAGGUGGGAAAUCGUGAUCGUGAACGUACCCGAAUUGGCUCUGGGGAAAGUGAACGGGAGUCAUUGCUCGUUCACGACAUAACACCCAAAUAUAAUAUAAAACACAAACAAUUGUUUAUGUGUACAGAACAACAGCAGCAGCAAGGUGUAGAUUCAGACACCAAUUCCGGGUGUGCCCUUAUCGUUGAGGACACAGGAGGCACUCAAGCAAAGACAAUAAAUGGAAAUAAUAAUUACGAAUUAAGCGAAUUUGAUAGCAAGACACCAACUUAUAGGCUACUUAAUGCGCCUACAGUAACUAAAAUCUGACUACGGUAUUACUUGGAGCAGCUCUUCGGUGAUCAAUGGCGUAGAUCCCCAUCAGUACCAACGACAGUCAUCGCAUCAAGACACCCCCGAGUCUCCAGAUCCGGUCGCGGCAGAGAAAUACGAAUGUACCGAUCAACAGAGUCUGGUGAUAGAAUUGACUGUGAUUGUGAAGAUAUUUAGGCCAAUGAGUGAUACACAAGUGAAGUAGAGAGAACUUUAGCAGUGAAGCCGAACAUUGUGGGAGGCAAGCGCCAAGGAAGAGAGUGUGAUGGCAUCGUCUUGAGACGUGAUAUUUUAUCACAACGUGUAAAAAUGUAUAAAUUAAUUUAAAGUGCCAUAUAUAUAUAUAUAUAUAACUUAUACUUUCUCCCCCCUGUAAAUGUUCAAUGAUAGAACAUUGAUUUUGAAGUCAACUUCAAGACAUUUUAACUCAUGUGCACAUAAUUUCUCUCCGCCUACAUUAUUACCAUUUAAAACCAUAUAGUGACAUAGGAUAAUAUUCAAAAGAGUAAGUGUGUUACGUGCAAGACGACACAUGCCAGAUGACUCAUAAGUCAUUCAACUGAAUUCACUUAUCUGCAACAUACCUGGAAAAUUGUCGUUUUGCAUUUAUUUUAAGUGUAAAACACGGAGAGUAUGUAUUUAUUACUUAGAGAAUCUGUUAAGAAACAACAUUGAACGCUUAAUAGACUUUAAAAAUUUCAAGGAAAAAAACGUUUUAUCAUAGAGACAAUAAGGGAUGAGAGAUUGAAAUGUUAAUGCAGCGAUUAUUCCGGAAAAUUCCAUAUAUAAUGUACAGCACAGUCCUCAAGUUGUAUAGCAGAAAGAAUGAGCUCGACUUCAAUUGCUGAGAGUUAAUGAGCCCCAAAGACACUUUUGGGAUCGAGCUGUAUUCUUCCUAUUUUCCACCAGAGUCAAUGAGAAGAGCCAUGUCCAAAAUGAACCCCUCAGAAACUCCUUAUAAAGUGUUUUAAUCUAUACCUUACACACAUAUAGGAAGGCCAGCAAAGAGGAUUGUAUUUAUAGCGUAUAAAAAUUCCAUUCGGUUAAAGUACGUAACGUAAUAUCCUGAAAUUCUAUCCACUUGUACAUAACAUUAAAUAUGUAUGAAUUAAGUAAUUAAACUUAAUGUAAUAUACAUUAGUGGAUAUCUACUUAUCGGUAAGACAACUAUAAAGUUAAUUGCAUCUUAACGUUAAGGUGAUUAAAGUGGUAAGAGUGUGUAUAAGAAGUGAAAAGAACGACUCCUUUGGUAACAAAAGCUUUGUUGAAUACAAUUGAGUUAUUUUUUCGAAAUACUAUAAAAAUAAGUAAUGAGCUUACAAUAUAGUGCCUAAACUUGACCAUUUGCUUCUCACCCACAGAACAACAAGAAGAAAUAUUAUAUAUAUACAGAAGACCUCUGAUGUAAAUCCUAUUACUUAAUCUCCCCAAAAACAAUUUCACGACACCAAACUCAUAGAGAGUCCCUUUUGAAAUUCAACCACCCACUCAAUAAUACAUCCUAGAGGAAUAUUAUUAUUCAACAGUUCAACAUUGGGGAGUCACUUUCCGCUCAAGAAUAGGGCUAAUGUGUUCAACAUCAACACAGAACUACAUUGAUAGCACUAAUAUACAUAUGAAUGAACCAAUGUUGAUGCAUAGGAGGGAGAAUUGUAAUGAGAAAACGGAAGAAUUAACCAAUCAAUGCAAUUUAAAUAUCCCCAAAAACCAUUCUAACUUCAGCAUCAUAUUACCAUCACAUGAAUAAUCAUAUCAGUAAAGUUGAAUGAUUGAUUUGGAGACAUGAGAAUAGUGAUUAGUGAAUAUGAUUUACAUGAAUUCUGACUAGAGUAAGAUAAAUAUAGUUAAAAAAUAAGGAAGAGGUUCUCUGCCUAAACUAAGGAAUACAUCCGACAAAAGGAGAUAUCUACCAUAUUUACAUAGUAUUAACUGUUGUAUAUAGUGCUUUGCUUCCUUUGUAUUCAAAAUGAACAUGGAUGGAAGGAGAAAAAAAAUUACCAAUUGAGAUAGAAGCUACAUAAAUUUAUUCAAGAUAAUUAACCUAAUUGUAGACAAACGAAAUAUGAAGGAAUGCAGAUAAGAGAGAAAAUUAUAAAAAGAAUUACGAUUAAAAAUCAAUAUAAAAAAAAGGUUUAAAUAGAUAGAUAUUUUUGCAUGUUUCAAUAUUUGAUGGUGAAUUCAGAGAAUUUGAGUCAACAGAAUAAUCAAAAUUCCAUAUAUAGCGGGAGAGAUAAAUUUUGUGUGAAUAAAAAAACGAGACGAGUACCUUUUCAGAUAACAUAUGCAAAAAAACAGAGAGAGAACAACCAAUAAUCUCAUCCUCCAAAAGUCAUGCCCACAAGAAAAAAUUUCGCCCAACACUCACACAUCAAAAAAAAAUACCACAGAACCAUGUACAAAUUUAUGUAAUAAAACGAUGAGAUAAUCUCAUUGAAGUAAUCAAUCCAAUAAUCCUCAUUCCACAUAACAUGAUAGAGAUGAUAUUUAAUUGAAGGAAUCCAAGAGAGAAUAACCGUGUAAUAGAGAACGAAAAAUAAAAAAAAAGAAUUCAAGAAAUAUAUUUCAUUGUGAAAUUGUUAAAUUGUGUAUAUAGUUAGAAAACUGAGAUAUUUUAAAUAAACCUUCUGGAAUUAUCAA